AUGCAAUGUGUAGCAAUCCUACAGAUCAACAACACCCUCUUUUUCAAAAUGCAAUUAAGCAAGACCGUUCUCCUUUCCCUCUUAACUGGCUCCGCCCUUUCAGCCUCUGUUAACGCCAACACUCAAAUUACUGAAAUCAAGAGAGGUGAAAUCGAUGCUUGGGAAUCUUAUGCUCAAGUUUUGAGAAGAAACGAAAUCCCAGAAGAACAAAUUCUUGCCAUCCAAAAAAGAGGUAUUGCUGAUGUUAUUGUUCAAAGUCCUGCUCUUCUUGACAAGUUUAUCUACUUUGUUUUCUUGGAUCACGGUUUCCAUGGUGCUAUUAUCAACUCCCUUAUCCAAUUCUUUUCUUUCGACCCUCUCGGAGGUAGUGCCACUCUUUGGAAUGGUAUCUCAAAGACCACCUACUUCCAAUCCAUGAUGGACGCCUUAAGUGGUGGUCAAGACAAUUCCCAAUUUAUGGGAACUGUUGCUAACAUGUACUAUGGUACUGGUACUUCCACCACCUCCACUUCUCACGACGGUGGUAUGGAUAUGGGUUCAUCCGAUGGUGGUUUUGAUACCACGACUUGUACCCACGGUGCCACCAACGACGGUGGUUCCGCUUUCAAGGUCUUGGCCAAGGGUAUCCUUACUGGUUCUAUUGUCAAGGAUACUUUUGACUCUAUUAUCCAUGACACCUGUUUAGUCUCCAAGCUUUUCGUUCAAAUUGCUUUGAAGAACAUGCUUCACGUUUCUGACUUGCUUGGUGCUAUUCAAUCUGCUGGUGCUGGUGGUAAGGACUUCAUGUCUGGUUUGAGUGGCUGCUCUUCUUGUGCUGAUGAUGUUAAGAUCUGGGUUGACAAGCAAGGUGGUGAUUUCAAGACCGAGCUUAAGUCUUACUGUUCCUAA